GUAAGACACUAGAAACCGUACCACAUCCGCGUACAUGUUGUGUAAUAACGACUAGUUUGCCGCAAAAACUGCGCCAAGGUUCUUGAUCAAUAACGAUUAAUUCGCACAAACGCGCCAAGGCGAUUGAUCAUCCACUUGGACCGCAACUGCAGCUAGCUGGCAGUGUGCAGUCGCUGCAGCAGGCAGCAGGGCACCGUAAAGCCGACAUUUGUCGCGGCGAUGCAUCCCGACAUCGUAGUCUGCGAGCUGCUGGCCGUCGAAGCUAUAGCGGGCAAGGAUAAGUUGAAGAAGUGCACCGUGAGCGACGGCGAGAAGGAGUUCACCGUCGUGUCGAACGCGCCGAACGUGCUGCCCGAGAAGGUCGGCAAACGCAUCGUCGUGGCGCGCGUCGGCGCGGAGGUGAGCGGCCUCGACGAGCCCGUGAAGAAGGCGAACGUCGGCGGCGUCGUCAGCGAAGGCAUGCUCUGCGACGAGCGCAUGCUCUGGGGCAAGUCCGCCGGGACGGCCGUGUACUUGGACGACUACGACGUUGGCUCGCAACCCCCCUCGAGCAAGCCUCGGCCGAAGGAGCACGUCUCCGCCGUCGCGCCGAUCCAAAAGGGCGAGGGCCUCUUCGAGAAGAAGGAGAAGCUCUCCAAGGAGGAGAAGAAGGCGAGGGCCAAGGCCGAGCGCGAGGCCCGGAAGGCCCGCAAGGCCGCGAAGAAGGACGCGGCCGCCGACGACGCGACCGUCGAGGAGCCGUCAUAAGUAUGACACGAAAGAUUUAUACAAUCGGUCCGAGGCGACGACCGUUCGAAGGGGGGAGGGGGGGAAGCAAAAAGAAAGGGGCA